CCGAUGCAAGUUCGAGAGCGAGUGCACAGGAGUCGACUGUGUAAUCAGCACAGGUGCCUAGGCGGCUGCCUUGUCGACAUUGGCGAGCAGACCGGAAGAGGAAGUUGUAGCACCGCUGGUCAUGUGCCGAGUCGGUCUCGCCCCGAUGUCGCUAGGAAUGGAUUCGCUACACUUGUGUACCAGAUUUCUGCGGGUGUGUGCUGGGCUGUUAGCUGCACAGUCCUGUCCGAUGAGGGGCCAAGAAGCAGCAAAGCGACAAGAAGAAGAGCGUCCAACAGCAAACUGGCUUCCCACGAUGAGUUCGACCUCGUGGGUUGGGCGCGUAACUCUACUGGGUGCAAUGAUUCCUAGCACCUUGCCCCUGAUCGAGUUCGCUCCCGUGCGCUUGCGCUGGCUGGCCAGCGGGCAGGAUCUGACGAACUGACUGGCUAUGGACACACUGUAACACCUGCUCGAGGUCGUGGUGCACAGAAUUAGGCGCUUAGGUAUGCGACUGUGUAAU